UCUAUCUCUCUAUCUCUCUACUCCUCUUUCUCCUCUAGUUCUCUACCCUCCUUCCUCUUCUCUCCCCUGGCUUCUCCUCUUCUCUCCUCCUCCUUAACCCUCUCUCUUCUCCCUCCCAUACGUCGUACGAGAAUGGAAUCCGCAAUGAUAUAAAACGCAUAAACAGCCAUCUGGUGGUAUCCUAUAUAUUACAAUGCCUCAGAAAGCAAGAAUGAAUUGAAAUAUAUUUGUUCUGGUCUUGAUAAAACUCCAGUGAACGAAAAUAAUAAUAAUAACAAUAAUUGAGGUGUUACGUAAUACAUGGCAAUGAAAACACCGUAAAAAUGACGUAACGCCUCUCCGUCAGCGCCAAAGAGUAAUGGUGAGUCAUGUCGGGUACAAAGCAGAGAAGCAGGACCAACUAAGCCCUUGGGAUCAUGCCUUCGCGGGAGCCGCCAGUGGAGCAAUAUCGCGGGCCCUCCUCCAGCCCCUCGAUGUACUCAAAAUUAGGUUCCAGCUUCAGGUGGAGCCUAUAGCCAAGAGAGGAGGGGGCCUGUACCAAGGGCUCCUGCAGAGUACCCACACCAUAGUAAAAACGGAGGGAGUCUCUGCUCUCUGGAAGGGUCACGUCACGGCCCAGGCGCUCAGUGUUAGCUUCGGCUUGGUUCAGUUUUGGAGUUAUUCGCUGUUGACCAAGGCAGCGAGUGAGCAUGGAGCAUGGGAAGGACACCUCUCCCAAGGCAUGUGUGGAGCCCUGGCAGGGUUGUGUGCGACUCUCUUCUCGUUCCCCUGCGACACCGUACGGACAAGACUCAUCGCACAGGGAUAUCCAAAGCGAUACACAGGAAUGGUGGAUGCUGUGAUGAAGAUGGUGACGCAGGAAGGAGGGAGGAGUCUGUGGCGAGGGAUCCUGCCGAACCUAGCCAUGAGUGCUCCUUACUCAGGCCUCACCUUCUACUUCUACAGUGCCUAUCAAACCUUGCUGGAUAAAUGGUGGAACAAAGGAGAGGAGGGUGUGUGGGUGAGCAGCUUGGCGGUGAGUGGCACAGCGGCCGGGGCGUGUGCCAAGCUGUGUGUGUACCCGCUGGAUGUGCUAAAGAAGAGGCUCCAGAUCCGAGGCUUUGAGGAUGCUCGACAACACUUUGGGAAGGUGGUCGUGUACAGAAGUCCUUGGAGCUGUGUGGUGCAGGUGACGAGAGAGGAGGGAGUCCUGGCAUGGUACAAAGGUCUAUGGCCGGCCAUGAUCAAGAGUGGCAUUGCCGGGGGGGUCAUAUUCUUGGCCUUUGAAACCAUCUGUGCGUUGCUGGCCCAGAGGCAUGGUAGAAAACAGGAGGGAGAUGGUGGAUAACACUUAUAAGGUUAUUUUUAUUAUUUAUAUACAAUGUCUACCUAACGUUGUUACAAAAUGAAGAUGGUAUUAGUUUCUAUUGAUGUAUUUUUGUCAUUAUUAAGUUACUUUCAUUAAAUAUAUUAUGAUUUGCAAUUAUCUGUAGUCUGCCACAGCAUAGGGACUGGCAGGCUCUGUAGGGCUGGCAAGUGUGCUAGGAUGCAGCAUCAUUUAUUAAUGUACAAAAAUAAAACUUUUCCUGAGACUGUGACAGGGAGAGGCACACGCCACACCUCGUGUAGCCAGCAGCCACUGUAUUAAGGCAGACUACGGCUGAUUUCACAAACACUAUAAGAAUACUCAGAUCCUUUCAUUUCAUGCCAAGGGAUAUUAUUGCUGGCAGCUGUACUUAGCAGUCAUCUUCAUUUGAUAUUUAUAAUAAAAGUAACAGACCAAAGUUGUAUCUGUUGGUCUUUGUGUUCAGUAUGACCGAACAGUCAUCAUCAUGACUUCAUUACUUCUCAAAACAAAGUAUUAAGUGUAUAUAGAUGCAUUAUGAAUGCUGUAAAUAUCUAUGUAAAUGUGAUUUCAUCUGCUUUUCUGGAACAUAUUUAAAUAAAAAAAAUAUAAAAAAAAGGAAAACUUUA